AUGGCUGCCUACGUGGGGUCUGUUCCACCAGCCACGUUGACGACGCUGGCGCAGCGUGAGGUGGAGUUGAGCCUUUUGCAAUUCUUGCGACAAUACCACCCAAAGGUGGACGAGCUCUGGCGGACACAUCCCGACGCAGAGCCCAUGGAAACCGUGGAAGAAAUGUGUAUGGAUGCAUCCGAUGAUUGCAAAGGUGAUCAUUUGCCUCGACUACAUCGGGAGUUGCACGACAGCUAUGUGCAGGGCCGUUUCUUAUUUCUAGGGGAAUCCACACAAGGACUCUACAGUUCCCAGCCGUGGCUUGCGUUUUGGGCCCUGCAGGCUGCGGAUGUGCUUGAUAUCACGGAGGAACUCUAUGAACACGUCUCCCCUGAUGCGCUCGGUAACUUUAUUCUUGGCUGUUUACAGGAGGUGAAGAAAAGUGGCACCAGCAACGAUGAUGAUAUGAGGAAUAAUCCGAUGGAUAUGGAUGAACAGCAGGAGUCUGUGUUAUUACGAAAUCCCGUAAGCAUUUUCGAUGACGAUAACGAUGAUGGAAAGCGUCUUGUUGGAUUUGCAGGUGGACAGCUUGCGCAAAUACCGCAUUUGGCCGCAUCCUACGCUGCACUGUGCUCGCUUUGCAUUUUGCCGAGGACAACGUACCUCCGUGCUCUUCCCCGUGCUGCCAUAAAGCGUUGGCUACUCUCGCUACGUUGCAAGGAUGGCAGCUUCUGCAUGCACACCGGUGGCGAGGCAGACAUUCGUGCAUCGUACUGUGUGGCGGUCAUGACGGUGUUGCUUCAGCUCAAUGACGUUCCCGCGUAUACGGACGGACGGGACGACACGGUAAUUACAGAACAAACAGCAGCUUUUGUGGCGUCAUGUCAGACACAUGAGGGAGGAUUUGCGUGUGGGUUAAACGCAUCGGAGGCUCAUGGAGCCUACACACAGUGUGGUCUUGCUGCCCUAAUACUGAUGCGUUCUCCGCAUCUUUGCAAAUACGCAGCGUUGCGGCGGUGGUUAUCAGCAAGGCAGCUGAAAUUCGAGGGCGGUUUCAAUGGAAGAACCAACAAACUUGUGGACUCAUGCUAUUCGUACUGGGUGGGUGCGUCCCACAUGCUCUUGCGGGUGGGUGAAUCAUACAUGCGUCUUCUUGGGCAGACUGAGACACCGCGGUGCCUCACGGCACGUGAAGCUCUACUGCUCGAUCAUGCGCAGCUGAUCGACACCACGUCUAUGUGUCCUAUGGACGAUGACGCAUGGCGCCAUGCCGAGGAAAUUCACCGACAGCGAACAGCACAUGUGGAGGCGUACCUCCAUGCACCGUCGCAGUCCGCAUGGAAGCAGCAGACGGUGACCCAAUCCUUUUUAGACGAAGAUGUGGGGGAUUUCUACUUCAAUCAACGACGUCUGCUGCUCUACGUGCUUUCUUGCUGCCAGGAUAAAGAGAUGGGCGGGCUCAUGGACAAGCCAGGGUGCCUGAACGACGCCUACCACACAUGUUACUCCCUCUCUGGGAUGAGUACGGCGCAGAACCUGCAGUACCUGCCUCGCAGCUGUACAAAUGACACGCUGAUGUACGCCACGGCGCUUCGUCGUGGUUACAUCCCAAACGAGCGUGAUGACUACGAGAUUGUGCUUGCAGCCCACAACAGUAACAGUGGCGUUGGUGGUGGUUGCUACAGAAGCCAGGAGCGACUCUCUCCAUUGAACCCGAUCUUCAACAUUUGCCAGAGCCGCGUCUUGGCUGCACUGCGCACGUGGGGAGUGAAGUCGUUUAUAUGCUGA